UUCACACAUAUCUUUUCAAUUAACUACUUCAAUUCUUUUGCCUACAAAAAUCAACAUAUAACACUACUACUUAUGAUGAGCUAACAUCAGUACAAACAUCUGUACGUACAAUUGUGUUAUUUUCUUAUCAAUAUAUAUAUGGGAUCUGGUUUUUCAACCGAAAACUCUUAUGCGGAAUCAGAGACUAAACAAGGGUCGCGGCCGGGUCUCGGAGACUUACCAGAGAACUGUGUAGCUAUGGUUCUGGCACACUUAGACCCACCCGAUAUUUGCAACUUGGCAAGAACCAAUCGUGCUUUUCACCGCGCUUCAUCGGCUGAUUUUAUAUGGGACCCAAAGUUGCCUAAAAACUAUCGGAUUCUCGCCAAGAGACUAAUGAUCUUCAGUUCCGAAUCAUGUUUGGUUAAUAAGAAAGACAUUUAUGCUGGAUUGUGUUGUCCCACUCGUAUCUCUGGUGCUACAAAGGAAGUUUGGAUGGAGAAAGAAAGAGGAGGGAUGUGCCUGUUAGCUUCAUGGAAAGGAAUGAAGAUAACAGGGAUCGAUGAUCGUCGAUAUUGGAGUCACAUCCCUACCUUACACUCCAGAUUUCACACGGUUGCAUAUCUCCGACAAAUAUGGUGGCUAGAAGUAGAAGGAGACGUAGAGUUUGAAUUUCCAGCCGGGUGUUAUAGCCUUUACUUCCGCAUUCGACUUGGAAGACCGCCACCAGACCAAAAAUACUCGUCGUCGUCGUCUAACAUAAAUCAUCAAGUACAUGGUUGGACAGUGAAGCCGGUUCGGUUUCAGUUCUCUGUAUCCGAUGGCCAACAUGCGACAUCUCAACACUUUCUAAAGGAGCAAGGAAAAUGGUUGCGGUAUCGUGUAGGAGAUUUUGUUGUUCUAGACUCGUAUGAGCCAACAAAAAUCAACUUCUCAAUGACACAAAUUGAUUGUACUCACCAAAAAGGUGGUCUGGCCUUAGAUUCGGUGUUCAUAUGUCCAUCGCAGCAAAUAUGUAAUUGAAAGGUAUAGCUGGACGGUAUAUAUAACACGUUAGAAAUGUUUAUAAGCUAGCUAGGUUAAUUAGUAUAUAUCAAUUGAUGAUUUCAUUUCAUUGUAUGAUAAAUUUCAAUCUAUCGGCGUUAUGAAGUUUGGUACAGUGCUAUAUUUA